AUGGAAAAUAUCAAUUAUUGGAUUGAAUUAGAACUUCAAGCGAUCCAUUGGAAGCCAGCGUGUCUAACAACAGGUGGAUGUGUUAAUCCACGUUUUAGAAUUUCUAAGUCUAACAAAUUUAACGCUGAAAUUAUCGCAAUAAGCUGGAGUAUUACGGAAAAUUUCGUUGAGAGACAUUCUCGAAAAUUCAUUACUCAUUGGAUGCAUGGUAAGCCUCAUGAAAUUACUCUUCAAUGUGAAGUCAUUGGUAUGGAUCCCUUGUAUGGAUUCUCUCGAACUUGUGAUACUACACAGAAUAUCGAAAUAUUCAAGGAAAAUGAUGACAUUCAGGAACUUGACAGUUAUUCAAAGUUAGUAUCAGAAAAUGAAUUAUUGAUAGAUGAAAGACGUGGCAAACUUAUUGUUGAAAUUCGAGCCAAAUGUUUUAAUGCUUCAUUUGCUGUCCGAAAAUAUACGAAACAUUGUCCGUGGUGUUUAGCGCAAGAUGACAUGACGCUUAUUGAAUCAGCGCCUGAGUAUGAAUCAACCGACGAAGAUGUUAGAGCUGAAAUGGGUUUGAUAGAGAAGUUUGUGCAAUUUUCUCUCGGACAGCAAACUUUAUUUAUUUUUCUGCUUGGCUUAUCAUUAAUAAGUCUAUUAGGCUUGAUUUGCUUACUGCUGGUUAUCAGCAAGCAACGUCACUUCAUAUCAUUGCUACAGAAACGAUCACAACCGAACAGUCAUUUAAAUUCCUACUUGUACUCGGAACAACUUGCAAAACCUGCGAAAAAUGCUGAUGAUAGGUAUGAUGUUCCAUGGGAUCAAAAAUGCAUUUUGCAACGAUUUUGGAUCAAUGGAAAUUCGACUAUCGAUGAUGACAGCACAAUGAUAGGGUCAAGAUUAUUGAAUCGUAAUUCAACUCCAGCUUCAUUAUCUUACAUGCCACAAAAGACAACGAUUACAGGGACCAUAUCAACAAUGUCAAAACGAUUGUCACCCAAUUCAUCAUUGUACGAACAUCAUGAGGACAGUGGUCUGGAAUCUGUCUAA